CCCGGCGGGGCGGCGGCACCGGGCGCCGGGGGUUCCGCGCCGAGCCGGGGGUCCCGAGGGGGGGGGGCGGCUCCGAGCGGCGGCGGCGGCGGCAGGGCUGCACAGCACUGGCAUCCCAGACGUCACCCAGCAGAUAGCAGGGUCAGGUCACUGGCCGUCGGGGUGAGUUUGCCAAGUCUCCAGACCUGAAUCUGUUCAAAGGCUUUUGAUGAUACGGGGGCAAACCACAUAUUUGGCAAUACAAUAAGCAAGAGCUUGGACUACCAACUCUGAGCUGUAGACUAUUAAGCUCAGCAUCCUAAUUCGGUGCCACCUUUGGGAGGAUGAAUCAGGAGAGCGACUCAAAUGAUGAGCCUGCUGGCCAGGACCCACUCCUACUGCUGAAAACAAUCCAGCUUCUCUGGACAAAGAAAGAGAUGAAGAAGCAGCUCAAGGAAGAAAUCAGGCGGGGCUUUGCAGGACUGGAAGACCCAUUGGCAGGACUCCUGGACAUACUGGAGAGCAGCACCGAUUGGAAGGGGAAAGGGCAUUCCCUUGGGUAUUACAUCACCAGUGAGUUGCAGCUUUGGAUGAAAGAGCAUCCUGCUGUUCAACAGUCUGGCAUGAAGCUGAAGAAGCUGCAGACCCGCGUACUCAGAAUACUAGCCCAGUGCCCAGCUAAUCUUCUUGACCCUCUGAUUAGCAUUUACCAGCUCCAUACAGCAGACCGGAACUAUUUGCUUGGACAUGUCAGUCAUCUUUAUCACAGGGGCGAUUACAAAGAGGCAGCCAUACUGAGUAUUAAGCUAAAAUUACAGCCAGAUCAAGAUGUGGAGAAGAUGUGUAUGCCACUACUGUUUCAAGAUAAAAUUAACUUGAUGGAAGAUUAUGUCGGAGAGUAUCCUGAGCUCCAGUGCAAGCUCGUACAGAUCCUGGACACCUGGUGUGAACCUGGUUUUAAUAUCAGAGACAUUGCAAGACAAUAUCAAGGUCUGUCCAGGUACAAACCAGACAAAUUGAACCGCAAAAUGCUAAGCAAGCUGGUCUUCAGGCUCCUAGACCGAUUUAAUGUAGAUCCAGCUCUCUGCCCUAAUGUCAUAAAUCAGCGGCACUUAAGAACUCUGAAUUAUCUCUUUUACAAGAGGUUUGUUGAGAAAACCAUGACUCAGGAGAAUUGGACAGAUCACGUUCAGAGCACAGUUGGAGAGAAUCAAUGGCUUCAAGGGCACCUGAUACAGUUGCUAAUCAGUUACUGUGAUUUGAACACAGCAGCAAGAUGGGCACAACGCUGCAAUUUGCCCAAGGAGAUACUACCUAAUGGAGUGGCUGAUGAGCUUCAAAAGCUUAAGAUCCAAGAGAGUGUAGAAGAGGCCACAAAAGCAGAGAAGUAUGAAGAGAUCAACAAGAAGGAUUAUUACCAGCUUCCUAUUCCACGUGCAAAUAUUCAUUUCCUGCAAAAGUGGGAAGAGAUGCUGCAGUGUUGGGAAAAGGUGCUGCAGCCUGGACAGAUUGUUGCUAUUGACAUGGAGUGGAGGCCUUCGUUCGGCAUGGUUGGGAAGCCCCGUGUCUCCCUCCUUCAAAUCGCUGUGAAGGAUGAGGUGUUCCUGCUUGAUUUGCCACAACUCCUUGAACAAGCUGAGAUGGAGGGUGAGAAGGAGAAGCUUCCCCAUUUUAUCCAGAUGCUCUACUCAGAUGCAGCCAUCACUAAACUAGGUUAUGGGAUGUCUGGAGACCUUAGCAGUCUUGCAGCCACAUGCUUUGCUUUGAAAGGCAUGGAUAAGCAAUCACAAGGUGUAGUGGACCUACUCACAGUAGACAAACAACUUCAGAAGGCCUCCAUUGACUGGAAGAAGAGCAGCCGGAAGGUUGAGCAGAGCCAUGAGGAUAAAGGGAUCAGGCAGCCAGAGAAAGGGCUCAGCCUCUUGGUACAACAUGUAUUGGGAAAACCUCUAGAUAAAACAGAGCAGCUGUCUAACUGGGAGAAACGGCCGCUGCGGGAGGAACAGAUCAUAUAUGCAGCUUCAGAUGCAUACUGUUUGCUGGAGAUCUACGAGAAGCUGUGUAAGGAUCCAACAAGCUUUGGUCUGAAUUCAGACCUGACUAAGAGUCUGGUGGGAAAACCAACCAUAAAAGCCAGGGCAAAGAAGCAGCUGAAUAAACAAGAGGUACCGUCACCUUGUGGACAGCAAUGCAAAGGAUCUGAAAAGGAGACCUCACGUCCCCCUGCUCCCAUUUCCGCCAAAGAGUUCAGUGUGGUCUGUGAUAACAUGCUGCAAGGCCUUGGACGCUAUCUUCGCUGCCUUGGUGUAGAUGUCCGGAUGCUGGAGAAUGAGGAUGACCAUAGGAAAGCUGCUGAGAUUGCUCGACAGGAAGGAAGGGUCAUUUUAACCUCUGGACUACCAUAUCAGACUCUGCAGUCCCAGGUAGGAGAAGGGAGGUGCUUCUCCGUGAACUGCUCAGAAAAGGCAAAGGAACAGGCCCUGCAGGUUUUGAAGCACUUCAACGUUCAAGUAACCCUGGAGGACAUCUUCAGCCGCUGCCAGGUGUGCAACUGCAACAAGUACCUGAAGGUCCCAAAGGAGAGGAUGAGGCAGCUGGUGGAGGGCAGCAAGCACUCAGCGGGGGACGGCGGCACAAGCUGCUCCACACUGUGCGAGGAGAAGUCCAGCCGGACCUGUGAUGCUGCCCAGCGCACUGAGACCACAGAGGGCGAGUGGCUGGAGCGGACAGAUCCAUGUGGGACAGCUGUGGGACUGGAGGAGGGCACGACCCUGCAGGUUGCUGCCAUCCCCCCUGGGGUGCUGGACAAAGCUGAGCUCACUGACUUCUACUGCUGCACCCGCUGUGGGAAAGUGUUCUGGGAAGGGUCCCAUUUUGGACGUGUUGUCUCUCAGUUUAAGGAUGUUCUUGUUAUCACGGGGGAUGAGCAGAGCAUCUACAAGCUGAGCUGAGGGGGACAUGGGGCACAGGACAGCUUGGCAGUGGAACAGGGACCAUGGGGAUGCACUCCCCAGAUAUCCUGAGCAGGUUUGCAUGGAGUGGGCUUUGGUUUGGGGGGGCGAGGCUAGAAGGUGUGCUCACAUUUUGGGGUCCACGGUGGAGGGCGCUGUCCUAUUUGCAGUGACAGAGUGAUGGUUUUGGUGGUUUGCAACAUGGACUCCAUGACAGCAUUAAAUCAGAAGCAUCUGGGGAAGGGAUGUUCAGCUUUAUUUCCGCCUCCCUCCAGGCUGGGCAUGGCAAGAGGGUGGCUGAGCUCUCCAAAAUGCCAUGUGGGUGCUGCUGACUCUGUGGCACCCAUUGGUCUGCAGCACCCUUACACCAGUGAGGUGUGUCCCCAUCCAGCUGAGCCACAUGCUGCUCUCCAUGAGGAGGUCAAUGGGGGGGGGGGGGGGGCAGCACCCUGUUCUGUGCCUUCCUGCCAGGUGCUGGGAGCCGGGAGCAGCAUCCCUAACAGCAGCACAUUGAGAAAGCUUCUCUGGUACCCAGCACGCUCCCCAGGCUGUGGGACUCAUUCCACAUGGCUCUGCAUGAUGCCACCAUCUGUCCCCAGUCUCCCUCUUGCCCUGGCCCCAUCACCUGAGGCUCUCCAAGCUGUUCCACGGACACACUGGGUGGGCACAGGCUGGGGGUGCUGAGCAAUGCUGGGCAGCCACCAAAAACCCCUGUGGGUACACCAAGAUGCCCUCUGGCACCUGCAUCACCCUGCACCCCAGCAGAGCAGGAUGGCUCCAGAGGGAGCUCCUGUGGGUGCAAGACACCUGGCCAGCUCUGUCAGCCCUGGGCAGCUCCAUCAAGUAGCCCCCAUGCCCAGGGCUCUGCGUGACAUACACAGGAGUGGCAGUACAGCCUGUGGUCCCUCCAUCACCAGGAGCCGGGGCUGCCAGCGGGACCACCCAGUGUCCAAAGGAGGCUGCAGGGGUCAGUGGAGGACACAGGCUCCCAGGUCGCAGCAGCAGUGAGGUGAGGAGCCCUCACAGCUUGGUCCUGUAACUCUGGGUACUGUUGGCUGGCAUCUCCUGUCCCAUGGACAGGCUAAGUGCACUCCACCCAGUAACAGAGGAGCAUUUGCAACAUUCCUCCCCUAAUCCUAGUUAACUACCAGGCACUGAUGUUAUUGCUAACAGGGCCCGAGGGGCUCUUGGUUUAAGUGUGACAUUUACAGACCGGUGAAAUGCCUGCCCAGGCAGCUUACUCUGAAAUGUUGACUUGCUUUCCCUCUCUGAGUGCUCUUGGCCAUGCGGUGGGGAGGGCUCCUUCUCCACAGGAACAUUUCACCCAGCACUUCUUGAUCCCCACCUGAGCCCUGUGGCAAAGGGGCCCAAGGCAACUCCCUCUUGCCUCACAAAAACACUUCUUUCACCCCUCUUUCCAUGAGCUCCUGCUGUGACAUUAGCACAGGCACCUAACAUCUCUUCUUGGCAGACCCUGCUGCACAGCAGCAUGCUGGACAUGCCACCCCAGUGAGCUCCUGCCACCACAGCUCAGCAUCAGUAUCAGGGGCUUCCCCCAGCUGCUGACAUUUCCAUUCCCAUCCCCUUUGCAUUGCCAUGAUGCAGCCGUUUUGCCCCAGUCCCAAUUAGAAGACAGCAGAGGGGAGUGGGGCUGCCAUGGUGCUGCCCACCAGGGUUCCCUGACCAAAACCAUCCUGUUUUAGCAAAAGCUUCGCUCCCAGCCACCCCAUUGCCUCCUUUCUGAAACGUGCCCUUCUGCAGCUGCUGGUGGCUCCUCCUGUAACCGCACCAGGCAGGUCGGCUGCUGGAGGCUGGCACAAGCAACCCUCCCCACACGUGCAUCAACACCUCAAGCCAUGCGGUGCAUAGGGGAUUAUUUCUCCUAUGGGAUUAAGCUGCCUUGUUCUCAGUCAUCAUCAUUUAUCCAUUGAUUCUUUCAGUUUCCCCACUCAGUUGCCUACAUAUUUUGCAUAACCUAAAGGAAUUGUGUUUCAUUUCCUGGUUUUCCAGCCCUGAGCUCUGUCUAGGUGGUAGUGCAUUUUUCUUAAUUCCCUCUUUAUCUGGAAUUGGAAUUUCAUCUUCCCUUUUACCCCGAGGUCAUUUUUGCCUGUUUCUGAUACAAGUUUGGGACCAGGCAGUGGCAGCCAAGAAGAAGCUGUUUUGUUAAACUGACAUCUUUAAUGGGCACUCCUGGCCUGGUGCACUGGCAACUGUUUGCAGGGCUUCUAGUGCUGGAAAAUCAGUUAGUGGAGGGACUAAAUAUGCACUCAUGGGUGAUGAUACUGUGAGCUGGAGACAAAUAACCUGUUUUUCCAUGGCCUGGGCCAGUCGCCAUCAUUGGGACAAAAUGAACUCGUCCUGGGCCUUCCGGAUGAGCUCCAGUAUUGAAUACCCUGUCAGCACAGGGCUUUGUGCACUAGGAAGUGAUCAUCUACCCCUUGGGAAAGUCUGAGUGGUUUUGUUACUGUGCCAAUGACACCACAACCUCAGGCAUCACCCCCCUCCCUGCAGAUGACAUUACCUAUGAUAAGAGGUGUUCCUCCUAGAUGUUGCUGGCAGAUGGUUGAAAAAUGCCUGUCCCCUAUUCCCAAAGACAGCAUUCAAAGCAAUUGUGUUCACUCUGAGCAGUUGAGGUUCCUCCAACCUGAGUUGUCCCUGGUGCUGUGGCAGGACUGUGGCCUUGCCUGGACAGGGACACACACAGACAGAGGUGCUCUCAGUGUGCCAGCUGCACUCCCAGCAGCAUGGACCAUCAUCCAUGUUCUCUCAUCCACCUUUGCCUCCAGCUCUGAAGCACUGGCUCUUGAUCAGACCUUUCCCUCUCCAUCCCUUUCCCAUAGGCAGGAAGGAGAUCUGGGAAAGUUGCAAACAGGGUCACCACUGAGGCACCCCCAGCACCCACCUGGGUCAUCCCUGAUCCACAUCCACCCCCUUGAGGAUGUCCUGCUGCUGUCAGCCUUGGGCUGCUGUGCUGACAGCUUCAGCCUGAUGGAUCUGAACAGUUGAGCUGUUUGGGGGUUUCUCCAUUUGUCCCUGUGGGUCCAAGAGUUGUAUUUGAUACCCAGAAAUGGCGUAGCACUGGUCAUAUCCUUAUGCUCACCCACUUCUGAUGCCAGUACUCUGCAGAACAGUCAUCAGCUCAGCAACACAAGCCACCUCCUCCACGAAUGCUCCUAGCUCAUGCCUUGCCAUGUCCUUCUGGGCAACCAGACCCCACAGCUCCUCUGGAGGCGUAGGGACUCUGUGGAGAAUCCUUAGAGCAGAGGGAGGACAAAGCUUGUGCUUCACCCACAAGACAACAGCAUCUCUAUGCAGACUUGCACAUGUCAGCAUCCUGCCACAGUUCAAGGAGGCUCUUGGGGUUUGCUCCAUGAGGGCAGAAAAUGGGAACGGAAUACAGCAAGACCGCCCCCAGCCUCAGUGGUGAGCAACACAUCUACCCCCUCGUGGGUAAUUGUGUAAUGACGUGAACCCCACUGGACCAAGGUAGGGGGAAAUUUCUGAGUCAUACAAACACCUGAGUCAUCCCAUCCCCAGACGGCAGUGAGGAGGCUGGAGCUGCACCUAUGAGCGCUGAGCCUAACGAGUUAUGUUUUCAGACAGAUUGUGGGCAUUUUGGUGCUUUGUUUACUGGAUUUUUCUGAGCCAUGGCUUCAUGCCUGUCUACCUGACCUUUGCACUGAAGACAGCUGGCUGGAGGGACAGCAGAGCAGCUGACCCUGUCCCUAGCCCUGGAGAUGGCUCCUGGCCACACAGCUCUCUGGAAGGGGCCCCUCUGGUCACUGGGGACAGCAGGGUUGCCUCCUGGGCACCUCUAGAAGUUCAUCACCCUGAUGCCUCCACCCUGGCAGUCAGUUUCACCACAGCAGGAUCUGGUUUUGGCCAGGAGCAGCCCAGGGCAGUCUUUGCAUGUGGGCAUGGCACAAAAUGACUCCCGUGGGUCUGCUCCAGCUCAGAACUCCAGGGGAUGUGAGGCAGUGGCUGAGACCCAGGUAUACCCAUGUGUGCUCAGCUACAGCACCUCUCCCUUCUGCUGCUUGAAGAGGAGGAUGUGGAGAUGCCAUCUGUGCAGCAAGGUUAUCUCCAGGCAUAGACACAGUCAACAUCAAACUCCAAGUCAGACCAGCCUUGAGCAGCAUCCAGGAAGUAAUAAAUUGUCCGGUUUUCAAUGGUGGAUACACAUCAAAGAGAAUUAAACCAGCUUUUUAAUCAGCCUGCAAUAUUGUUUCCCUAUCUGGUUUCUUUAAAAAAAUAAAAAAAUAAAUCCCA